AUGGUGUCUCUUCCGCCAUCAGUAGAAAAUCUAGUAGAACAAAUUCGCAUCAAACAAUCGCAACCUCAACUUGAUCCUUUAGCCAAACGACGCCUCGCUGCAAUCGGAGAGCAACAAGCUCUUGAUCUUCUUAAGCAAAUUUCCAAUUCUAAAAUUGAAAACCUUAAUGGUUUCGUUAUGUUCAUGCUUAAACAACCUCCUUACUCUCUCUCACCUUCUAAACCUCCCACUCCCUCACCCUCACCGUCACCGUCACGUCUCUUUCCGUCACCGUCUCCGUCGCCGUCAACUUCCUCUUCCGGUGUUCUGACGGCGUUAGGAGAAUUAGAGUUUCGAAAAUCGUUUCUGCUACUAAGUUACGCGGGAGGAAGGAGUAUUGAAGAUGUUGUGAGUGCUGAAUAUGUUAGAAGCUUGAAAGACUUGCCGAUGAAAUUUUUUGAGAAUGAGAUAUGGGAAGCUGUGGGGAAAGAAUGCGUUGAUCGUCCUAGUGAUCGCCAACUGUAUAACGAAUGGGAUUCGGGCAGGACACCUAUAUACCAGUGCUAUGUUUCUGCAAAUGGGAGCUUGAGGUUCAAGGGCCCUAUUUUGCAACACACACGAACACACCUGCAGAAGUCUCUAGGCGAUGACAAUGUUUUGCUUGUUAAAUUCGCUGAUCCUCAUACUGGAAAGAAAUCAAAGACCAGUGUUCAAGAAGCUGCCAAUCACUAUGGGAAGUUUGGAAAAGAAGGGAUCCGUGUUGGGCUUCGUUUGUAUCGAUUUUUUGUUUUCAAAGAUGGUGGAAAGGAAGAGAAGAAUAAGGAUUCAACAACUUCAUCAGUCAAAUGUUAUUUUGUUAGGACAGAAUCAUAUUGUUCGGCAGAUGAGAGGGCAUCUUACCUUUUGUCAAAUAGGACAAUGUUUGAAUCUAGAUCUUUAUUUAUGCAUGCACACAUGUUACCCAACAUUGACAAGUAUAUGGCUAGGUUUUCUCUUAUUCUAUCAAAGACCUUUAAGCUUAAUAUUGACUUGGCAACUGUGAAUGUCCAAACAAUACCAGAUGAACAAUGCCAGGAUGGAAAUGGCAUUCCUGUCUAUCAUAAUGAGAAACCAUGUAUUCUCACAGACGGAACUGGGUUCAUCUCAGAAGAUUUGGCGGUACUCUGCCCUAACAACAUUGCAGCAGGAACAAACUUGAAUAAUACAUAUAUUAAGGACAUUUCCAAUCUGGUUGAACUUGGGGAUACGAGUAAGGCUAUGGGAGAAACAACACUCAGCACACAUCAGCCACCACUGUUGAUUCAGUGCCGUCUCUUUCACAUGGGUUGUGCACUGAAGGGAACUCUUUUGGUUAACAAAAAGCUUCCUCCAAGAACAAUACAGGUUCGGCCUUCAAUGAUCAAAGUCGAAACAGACCCGAACCUUUCAAAUACUCGGAGCUUAAAUUCGGUGGAGGUGGUAACUACAAGCCACAAACCAAAUAAAUCAUAUUUAUCUAAAUAUUUGAUCGCACUUCUAAGCUAUGGAGGAGUUCCAAAUGAAUUCUUCAUGGAUCUACUUAAGAAUAAUUUAGAAGAUUCCGACCAUAUUUAUACCAAUAAGCGCGCUGCCCUCAGAGUUUCUGUCAACCAUGGUGAGAUGGAUGAAUACAAUGCUGCAGGAAUGAUUUUAUGUGGGAUUCCUCUUGAUGAACCAUUUCUUCAGCAUUAUCUAUCUAGACUUGUAAAAGCGGAAAAAAAAAACCUCGGAGGAGGGAAACUAUAUUUAGAAGAUUGUUUCUAUGUGAUGGGGACUGUUGAUCCCACGGAAAAUCAUUGCUUGAAGGAGAAUCAAGUUUGCAUUAUUCAUGAAAAUGGCCAAAUUACUGGAGAUGUGCUGGUUUAUCGAAAUCCAGGUUUACAUUUUGGGGAUAUUCACAUAAUGCAGGCCACACAUGUGAAGGGAUUAGAAUCUUAUGUUGGCCAUGGCAAAUAUGCAAUUUUUUUUCCACGUGUUGGACCUCGCUCUGUAGCAGAUGAGAUAGCUGGAGGUGAUUUUGACGGUGACAUGUACUGGGUGUCAAAAAAUCCUCAGCUGUUGCAAUAUUUCAAGAAGAGUGCCCCUUGGAUAGAAAGUUCACCAUGCAAUUCUGUAAGAUUGAGUUCUAGUGUUAAAAAGCCAAGUGAGCUUUUAGAUGUGGAACUUGAGGAAGAACUUUUUAAACUAUAUCUGGAAAAUCGGUUUCAAUCGAGUAACACAGUUGGUAUAGCGGCUGAUAGUUGGAUGGCACUCAUAGAUCGCCUUUUGAUAUUAAGAAAUGAUAGAACUGAAGAAAGGGAGCAGCGGCAAGUAACAGAAAAUAUACUUAAAUUGAUUGAUAUAUACUAUGAUGCAUUAGAUGCUCCUAAGAAAGGUGGAGCAAAGAUCCAAGUUCCAAAUGAUUUGAUUGUAGAAAUGUACCCACACUAUAUGGAAAAGGACAGAUCAUUCACUUCAACCUCGAUCUUAGGUUCAAUAUACGACGAGGUUGGCCGAUGGCUAACUACUGAUACGUCUGGGAAUGAAAUUAGAAAACUUCCCUGUUUUGAUGUUGAAAUACCUGUGCAUUGUACGAAAAAGUGGGAAGCACUGUAUAAGGAGUAUUUGAAUGACAUGAGGAUUGCCUGCAGUGACACAUCUAAGUCCAAAAACGAAGAGGCUACUCAAGUCAAUAAGAUUUAUAAGCAGAAAUUUGAUGAUUAUGCUAAUAUAGAGGAUCGUUCGAAGAACAUUAGUGAUAUUUAUAUCGAGGCUUUGGCUUUGUAUCACGUUACAUAUGACUAUGCCAUUAAAGUAAAAGAAGUUGCUAGAUGUGGCUUUGUUUGGAAGGUUGCUGGUUCAGUUCUCAUUAGGUUUUAUGCAGAACAACAGUAUCAAAAGACUUUGAUAUGUAAUCCAUCAGUAUUGCGUGAGAUUUUUGGUUCAUGA